UUUGUCAUAAUAUCUCCUCUUCCAUAUAAGGGACUCACUCACCUAUUCUCAACCACACACUCUCUCACUCUCUCUGGUGUUUCUUUCUUUCAACACACACUCACAAAGAGAGACUCACACAGAGAGUGAUGGCAUCUAUGGCUGCUAUAGGUUCUCUGAAUGUACCAUGUGCUGCUUCUGCCUCCUCUUCAAGUGGGGGAAGGAAAACCGUUCCACGCAGCCUUUCAUUCUCCGCAUCACAACUUUCUGGAGAUAAGAUUUCCACCGAUUCAGUUUCGGUUGCUCCAAGAAGAGUUCGUAAUCCAGUUAUUGUGUCUCCCAAGGCGGUUUCUGAUUCCCAAAACUCCCAGACCUGUCUUGAUCCCGAUGCUAGCAGAAGUGUGCUUGGCAUUAUACUUGGAGGUGGUGCUGGGACUCGUCUUUACCCACUGACCAAGAAGAGGGCAAAGCCAGCUGUUCCUCUUGGAGGAAACUAUAGGCUGAUUGAUAUCCCUGUUAGCAAUUGCUUGAAUAGCAAUGUGUCCAAGAUCUAUGUUCUCACUCAAUUCAAUUCUGCGUCCCUGAAUCGACACCUUUCUCGUGCUUAUGCAAGCAACAUGGGAGGCUACAAAAAUGAGGGUUUUGUUGAGGUUCUUGCUGCUCAGCAGAGUCCUGAGAAUCCUAAUUGGUUCCAGGGUACUGCAGAUGCUGUGAGGCAGUAUUUAUGGCUUUUUGAAGAGCACAAUGUUUUGGAGUUUUUGGUUCUGGCUGGUGAUCAUUUGUAUCGAAUGGAUUAUGAGAAAUUUAUCCAAGCGCACAGGGAGAGUGAUGCUGAUAUCACUGUCGCUGCCUUGCCGAUGGAUGAAAAGCGUGCCACUGCAUUUGGUCUGAUGAAGAUCGAUGAAGAGGGGCGUAUAAUUGAAUUCGCCGAAAAGCCCAAAGGAGAACAGUUGAAAGCUAUGAAGGUUGAUACUACUAUUUUGGGUCUUGAUGACGAGAGAGCAAAGGAAAUGCCUUUCAUUGCUAGCAUGGGUAUAUAUGUUGUUAGCAAAAAUGUGAUGUUAGACCUGCUCCGUGAGAAGUUUCCUGGUGCAAAUGACUUUGGGAGUGAAGUGAUUCCUGGUGCAACUUCGAUUGGAUUGAGAGUGCAAGCUUACUUGUACGAUGGCUACUGGGAAGACAUUGGUACAAUUGAGGCUUUCUAUAAUGCAAAUCUGGGAAUCACCAAAAAGCCUGUGCCUGACUUCAGCUUCUAUGAUCGUUCGUCUCCAAUUUACACCCAACCACGAUAUUUGCCUCCAUCUAAGAUGCUUGAUGCUGAUGUCACUGAUAGUGUUAUCGGUGAAGGAUGUGUGAUUAAGAACUGCAAAAUUCACCACUCUGUGGUGGGGUUGAGAUCUUGCAUAUCAGAAGGAGCAAUUAUUGAAGAGACGCUAUUAAUGGGGGCAGAUUAUUAUGAGACUGAUGCUGAUAAGAGGUUUCUGGCUGCUAAAGGCAGUGUUCCAAUCGGUAUUGGCAAGAACACUCAUAUCAGAAAGGCAAUUAUCGACAAGAAUGCUCGAAUUGGAGACAAUGUGAAGAUUUUAAACGCUGACAAUAUCCAAGAAGCUGCAAGGGAAACAGAUGGGUAUUUCAUUAAAAGUGGGAUUGUGACAGUAAUCAAGGAUGCUUUAAUUCCUAGUGGAACUGUCAUCUAAAUCCACCCAAAAUCAGAUGUUGUUCUGUUCCAAAUGCAAAUGGUGUCUGAUGAGCUCGUUGUCACCGCCGGAGAGUUUAUCAAGCUCUGCUUUCCACGCCUAGUGCAGGCUUUCUUUCUGUUUCAUCAUAGUGUAUCUUUAGGCAGUAGCUUGUAAAUAAUAGCGGAAGAUGAUGACGUGUUUUGAGCAAUAACUCUGUAAAGUUUAUUUAAUCAAUUCAAUAAAUGUGUCAGUAUUUCGUGCUAA